GUUUCACGUUGACGAACUUGACGUGUCUUCUUUUUGAAGAGAAGAGAGAUAGGGAAAGGGCCAAGGGUCUCUUAAACAAUAAACAUGAUUCGCUAUGUAUUAUUGUUUCUGUUAUGUUUUGUUCCAGGUGCCUACUUAGACGGUUUUCAGCAUGUUACUUGUAAGUCUGUAAUAAAGCUACUCCACAAGAAGUCAAACGUUCGUCUUCAUUCUCAUGACGUUAAGUAUGGCUCUGGAUCUGGACAACAGAGCAUCACUGGUGUAACCAAUGCUGAUGAUGUCAACAGCUACUGGAUUGUCCAUGGUCCUCAUGGCCAGAUCUGUGAAAGAGGUAAUCCAGUUAAAUGUGGUUCAGGGCUUCGUCUACAACACUUGAGUACCCAGAAAUUUUUACAUAGUCAUCACUUUAAUUCCCCCCUCUCUGGUAAUCAAGAAGUUAGCGGUUUUGGUGACGGGAACGGUGGAGACACAGGUGAUAAUUGGAUAUUGGAAUGCUCAGACGAUUACUGGAGGCGUGAUGGUUACGUGAGGUUUAAGCAUCAAGACACUAAUGUAUAUUUGCAUUCAACUGGUCACACUUAUGGACGACCGAUUGAAGGGCAGCACGAGAUCUCAGGCCAUAAAUAUGUGAGCGAUAAUAACCUUUGGAAAGCUAUGGAGGGAGUUUACAUGGAACCAGCUUCGAAAUCGUAAUAACUCUUCUCCAGUUCUAGUUAAUAUUCAUAAAUUUCAUAACUAAUUAUUAAUACUGUUAUUAUUAUCAUUAUUAUUAUUAUUAUUUAAAUUUCAGGCGAUACUUGUGUUGUAACAAGCCCUGAUUUUCUUUCUUUUUUCCCUCCUUUGUCUCUUCUCUCAUCUGUUUCUUGAAAAGUCUAAAGGAUUGUCAUUAAUAUUA